AUGACUGGCUGGUACAGCAUGCUCACAGAGCUCCUGGCCUGCAACGCGUGCAGGAAGGCUGCAAAGGGCUCUCAGGAGCAUUCAAUUGGUCGCUUCCUGGCGUGGGAUGCUGCUAUUUUGAAGCAGCUGACUCCAGCACACCAAGCUGUGUUCCAUGCGAUCCUAACACCAAGACGCGGUGUGGACAAGCAAGUUGUCCGCCUGAUGAGGGAUCGGACUGAGGGCAACACCAUGGUUAAGGUGUGGAGGCAGGUCCAGGAGGGUCACUGUGAGGAGUACCUGCAGAGAAAGGACCUCUACACCACCCUUCUCUGUCAGCUCAGCAGACCUGGGAGCAUCAUGAGUGCUCUGGGCCAUCAAUACCAGAAGCCGCUGACGCGCAGGGAGCUGCCGUCACCGAGGCUUCUGAGAAAAGCCUACCUAAUCUAUGAGGCAGAACACAUUGAGGACUACCGGACACAAAUCAUGUCCACGUUCGGGAAAGUCCUCAAGUAUGACUCCACCAGGAAGAUCUGCAAGAAGCUUUCAGGUCACGGAAGAGGCACUGCAGAGUGGUGCACCAACGUGGCCAACGAGCUGGGGCAGGUCCUCAUGUCGGUGUUCAUCUGCGAGGAGUCUCUUCCGUGCCUGAAGCCCAUGGCUGACGGCCUCAUGGAGCGCUACAGGAGAGCAGGAGAGGGCCCUCCUGAGCUGAUGUAUGUGGACUGUGGCUGCUGCAGAGUGCAUGGUGUCUCCUCUUUGGAGCAUCUCUUCAGCGACUGGGCGAACAGUGGAAUGAUGGUGCGGCUGGACAUCUUCCACUGGAUAAAGCGCUUCGAUGCGGCCGUCCGGACAGACCACCAUCCUAAAUAUGCACUGUUUAAGUCUGCGCUCUCUGCAGCUGUCUUCACCUACAAUAAGGAUGACAUGGCGCUGCUCAUCCAGGCCAUACGUGCAGGAAACACGACCAGGUAUGCCUCACUGACUGAUGCGGAGAUGAUUGAAAUCUACUUCAGCGAAGAAGAUCUCCGCCACUUUGUCAGGAGGAUCACGUUGGGAGCCCAGGAGUCCUUCCUCCGUGUGCAGACAGCCAUCAACAGCCUGAAGGGAGCAGCUGGGCUGGAUGAGAACCAGGCCCCUCUGUUUAAGGACGCUGCAGCCAUCGACCGGGUCUGGGAGAACCAGCAGAAGCACCUGGAGUGCAUUCAGGAUCCCCCAGGGAGAGACAUGUACACUGUCAUGAAGGUCGUCACCCGCAACAGUGUGCGCAUGCCAUACUAUACCACCGUGAGAGGAAGCAACAGCCUGGAGGGGAUCCACUUCUUCCUGCCCUGGAUGCUCCCAGGGCCCCACUGUGCUGCCGUCCCCUUCCAGGUAUACCUCCUCAGUGGCAUCGCACGCUGGAACUCUGACCGGGAGUCAGGCAGCGUUAAAGGCCAGAAGGGCAGAAAAAAUCUAGUGUACAUGUCUCCCCUGAUAGAUCGGCUUAACAAGCGGUGCCAAGACCUGUUUGGCGAGGUGGAGGAGAUCAACUUCAGGCCUCCAGUUCCUGCUGGUGAGGAGCGCAUUGGGCUGAAGUACCUCUUUGCCCAAUCUUCCCAGCCCUUCAGCGCUUCUGAGCAUUACGCUCAAACCAGAGAAACGCUUCAGAUGGUGGAGGAUGAAGACGAUGAAGAGGAGGUUGCUGCCGACACAGAGGAGUCCACGGAAGAUGAUGUGGGCUACGCCACAAACGCUGAGAGCGACGACCUGGCUCCGCUGAAGAGGAAUCUGGUUCUCACAGACCAGGUGGUGUUGGGCAAAAUAACCUGCUGAGCACAUAUAAAUAUAGCUAACUCCCACCCUAGCUUGAGGAGAACAACACAUGGCAGUCACGUUACAAUAUAGUCAGCUUUUAACACAUAACACAUACUUGAUAACAUAGUCAGGUGAAGGCCAGAGCCAAGGCCCCAUUUCCCAAGCAGGCAAAUGGUAGACACUAACGGGAGAGCCACAUUAAUUCAUCACACAAGAGAUACUUCGAGCACACAAGAGAUACUUCGAGAACAAAGGAGACACUGAGGAGCUCUUCCCCGUUAGUAGGAACACAAGAAGAUACACUUGCAUACACCAGGGCCUAGGAGCCAAGGUCAAGCAAAAACACACAGAACCACACACACCUCAUCGAGAGGAGGAUACAGUAUAAAACUGUAUCACACAGGGACUCAUGACCCUUUUUCUUCUGAAGCAGACCUUCCACGGAGGCGAAGCUCUGGACGAACCAUCAGCGCUGAUUAGGGACUUAGACAUAUUCGAUCUCUCACGCUUUAUGACUCUGUAUAACCGUUGCCACUUUACUUAAUAAAUCCAAGGUCCUCGUGCCGACAGACUUUAUUACCUCUCCGUCUCAUUUCAUCUGGUCCAGUAACUAGA